AUGUGGAUAGUAUGUGAAGGGACUGCAAGUUGUCUCGAUAGUGAACAUGGAUGUCAUACUUCUCACCUUACAUCACCUGUUACUGAUUCCCUUUCUAGAGAAGAAUGGAGCACUCUUGUUUAUGAUUUACUGUUAUCACCCAAACAGGCUAUCCGUGUUGCUACACUGAAGCGCCGCUUUGCAGAUACUAUCUGUAAAGCACAAAAUGAAACACUUUUGGACCAGGUCUUAGUUAUGCCUUCAGCUGUUGUGGGGACAGUACGCUCAUUGGAGCGUGACUCUAAUGCCUGCAAGGUUGCAAGAGCUGGAGAUAACGUAGCUGUAACUUUGCUAGGUGUAGAUGGAAGUCAUGUAAUGGCAGGAGAUGUACUAUGUCAUCCUGACAUUCCUGUCACAGUUGCAAAGCAUUUGGAGUUGAAAGUACUUCUCUUGGAUGGUGCAAGUCCCUUAUUGUUAGAGUUUCAUAUACACCAUGCAAAGGAACCUGCUAGAGUUUCAAAAAUAUUGUCAGUACUUGAUCCCAAGACUGGUAAGGUAACCAAAAAGUCCCCACGUUGUCUUACUGCAAAGCAAAGUGCAGUAAUUGAGGUGAUUUUGCACGAGACAGUCUGUGUAGUAGAGUUCUCUAGUUGCAAAGCUCUUGGAAGGGUGUCCUUAAGAUCAUUAGGAAGAACAAUUGCUGUUGGACUUGUGACAAGAAUUAUUAAAGAUGAAAAUUAG